GAAUAAUGCAAAUUCCAUCAAGUCUCCUCCUCGCAGCGUAUAGGGAGCUCAGAAAACCUAUACGGUAUAUUUACUUUAUGUGGUAAUUCUCUUGUAAACCCGGCAUAAACAAGAUAUUCCCGUUGUAUCCAUGAUUAAGUUGUUCACUCUAUGUAAUUAUGGUACAGUUAUUUGAUUGAUGGCAUGUUUCUGUCAGGAAGUUCUUAGUCAGAAGCCGGUAGUGCAGUAAUGUUAGCUAACAUUAGCUAUUAGCUGUUUUCACCGGGGACGGGCGGACCUCUUUGUCUGACAGGGCAGAGAAGGGGAACGCGUGCUCUUUUGUUUGGCAUUUUCUUUGUUAAGUGGGACAAACGGAACUCUGGAACCAACGUUUCUCAAUUCACGUCCUUCCAUAAGUGUUUAAAAGAUGCAAAACGUGAAGAAAUACUUUACAGAAGGGCUGAUACAGUUUACGAUCUUACUCAGUUUGAUCGGAGUUCGCGUGGAUGUCGACAGCUACUUAAACGGCUACUACUCACCGCUUGAAAUUAACGACGGCCCUAGCUCAGCCUACAUCCAGACACCGUUUCACAGUUUACGGGACACUUGGGACGGGUACAGCGUGCACCCCAAAUGUCCUGAGUUGGACUACUUCUUUGCCAGCCGUCGGCUCCUGGAUGAGGUGAGGGCACUUGGGUCGCCUGCACGGUUUCCUACGCAGUUGAGCGCGUGGCUCGUGCACCAGGUACCUGACGGCUCAGAGUUCGGAGAGCCACCCAACAGCACGAGCAACAGUAAUGUUAGCGCUGUGCUGUCGUCAGAGAGUACAGGGGAAGAGGCCAACGAUACUGAACUUCUCGUCUGCGACGACAGUUCUACCGGGGGCCCUAGGUUGCGAGGUCGGCACGAGGAGUACCAGACUGUAGUCCAGUUAAGCAGUGAAUCGGGGCCUUAUCUCAGCAAUGGGGCCUGCGAGAUACCCAAAGAGGACGUUGAGGCACUGAAGUGUCAAAUCAACGAGGACAGUGAUAAUAGUGGCGACAGGGAGGAAGCAGUUUCCUUAAACCAGUUGGUUCUCAGUUCUGCACUAGAACAUGAGGGUUUGUUCAGUAGUGGUGCUCCUCUUUCUGGCCCAGAGGACCCUCCUCUACCUACCAUCGACAUCGACCCGCACUGGAGCCACUUCCUGUCUCUACCUGUCUCAGAAUUUGAUGAUUUAGACCCACUGGUUCCUCAGCAACUCUCUGACCUUGAUGCUGACAUCUCCAGUGCCAUCAGCCAGGAUGUAAGUCUCCGUGACGCCAUGGUGACAGGUUCUAUCUACGACAUGAUUCCACAGAGGAGUGGAGUGCGGACCCUGGUCGCCCGGCAACCACGUGGACCCCUUUUCCGACUAGAGUCCACAAACUCCUCCCUUUCUGACUCGUCGCCAGGGACGACUACCGAGCUGGCCACAGUACCUUUUGCCACGACAGUUAAUGGAACACUUAAUGGAACGUCAUCCCAUGGUGCUCUGGGAGGCUGUCUUGAUGAGGCAGUGUUUGAUCAGAUCAACCUGCUAGGGCUGGAGGGCUGUCUGGACAACAUCGACGGCCAGCUGCUGGCGGGUCUACAGGGCAUCGACCCUCGGGUCCUGGAAGACCUGGACUCUGACUCUGGCCUUUCUCUGGAGAGCAGCUCUCGAGGCCCAGUCUCCCCAGGUGUUUCUGAAGUGUCAUCAUCGUCUUCCAGUUCGUUCUGUGAGGACGAGGGCGGGGCUACAGGCUACAGCAGUGAGGCAGACUCCCUCCCCUCCAAGGGCAUCGCUGACUACGACACAUGGUCGCCCGUGGACCUCAGCGAGAGCGUGUGGCACGACCACAGCUAUUCCUCCCCAGCCUUGUCCCACAUGUCAACCACCACAUUCCCCCGCAAAGCCAUCAAACAGGAGCCUCUCAGCGACGAAGACGACGACCAGGAAGAGUACGGCGACCGAGAGCUUAGCCGUGAUGAACUCCGCGCCCGGGCAUUGCACGUCCCGUUUUCGGCGACAGAGAUCGUUAGCAUGCCUGUUGAGGUGUUCCUGGAGCUGCUGGAGGGCCAUGACCUAUCCCCAGCCCAGGUCACCCUCCUGAGGGACAUCCGGAGGCGUGGGAAGAACAAGCUGGCGGCACAGAACUGCCGCAAGCGCAAGCUGGAUGCCAUCACGGGGCUCCAGGAGGAAGUGGAAAGGCUGCAGGCCCAGCGGGACAGGCUGCUCAGGGAGAGACAGCACACAGCCAAGGCUCUGGGCGCGGCAGGCCAGCGCAUGGAGCAGCUCUCCAGGGAUGUCCUCUCCAGACUGAGGGAUGACUCAGGACGACCCCUGAACCCAGGCAGGUACAGCCUGCAGUGCGGGGCCAAUGGGAGGGUUGUGGUGCAGCAGAUCAGGCGGCCUGUUGUUGCCACGACGACAGCUGUAGGUAAAACAGACAAGAGGAAGAAGGAGAAGAAGCCUUGAUGCAGCACAGGCUGCUGGGACUUGAUGAUUUUAGGUGUCAGUAUCCUGGAAGUUAGGCUCCAUAUCCUGGUUAUGUUUCUGGAUCUUCCUACUUGUCUGGACUCUCUGUCCUUGAGAGCCUAAAAGGGCAUAAAUGUGUGUAUGUGUAAAUGCACACCUCAAAUGUAAAUACAAAUAUUACAGAAAUCAGUAUGUGUGUAUGAUGGAGAUUUUUGGGGAAUAAGAAACAUAGCUAAAACACUGGACUGUAAUGUUUUUUUGCUCCUUAUAUAAGUAAAAGUUGUAUUAUCAUUAAAGCAUUCACAAAUACAAUACAAUACAAUACAAUACAAUGUCCUGGAGAUGUCAGGCUACAGUAUUUUGUGAAAGCCCAAAAAAUUGUAGGUUAGCUUAAAGGAAAUUGAACUCUAAUUCUAUAGCUAAACUAUUUCAAAUCUACAUAUCGGGUGACUUGUGUGACGUGUCAUCUGAAAGGCCUUAAUUUAAUAAAUAAAAAAAAAUGUUUAGUUGUGUAUCAGUGAUACGCAUAUGUACAUAUUUCUUUUUGUGUGAUCCUUUUUUAGAUUAAUUUUAUAAAAUAUAUUGUUUUUUUUCAAGCACUGUAUCCUUUCCUGUCUUUUUUGUUUUGUGUUUUUAACAAGGCUUUGAUUUAAGUUGUUUACAUUCUACCUCUAAUGACAACGGAUUUAUAUGGACAAUGUGGAUGGAUUUCGGGACAUACCAUUUCUAUUAAAUGGCUACGGGGUGGUUUGGGAACACCAGGGGCACUCAAGCACAGAAGAGGCAUUGAGUGUUUCCAUCUGAAAUGACCGUAUGAAUUGGACCAUUUAUUUUAGUUUGAUGGGUGUGAAAUUUCCCUAAAAAUGAAAUAGAUUUUUUGCUACUUGAGGUAUGUUUGAUUAAAUAGAAGUUUUGAAAUGUUUGGGUUGCAGCUGUGAGUGAACACGGUAUUCUGUCAAUUCUUUAAUGUUGUACGUGUAUGUUGUUAACAUGCAUAUCUGCCCUCAUUGGUUAGAAUAUGCCAGCCUACAUCCACAUGCCAUCUGCCUUUGUUACGGUCUUCUCCCACGUAUAAAGCGAUCAGUCCAGCAUCUUCAGUAUAUACAUCAAUGGUUCUCAAACUGUUCCGGGGACCCCAGACAUCCCACAAUUUAGUUGUAGCCCUGAGUUGGCAUGCAUGAUUACCUAAGUGUGGCCUUGAUUAUGAGUAGACAAGUUGAAUUAGGUGUGCUCAUUCUGAAAAAGUUCAAAUAUGUGGAAUGGCUGGGGGACAAAGACAAUAGAUUUCAGAACCAUAGAUGUAAAUAAUCUUUGACUCGCUGCCUCUUCACAAUAGGUCAAUGGUGCCUCACUCCCCUAAACUUAUUGAAAUUAUACAUUCUCCCACUUUUGUAUUCAGAAGAAUAGUAUGUGUUUUGUUGCUAUGUAUAAUCGUACAGACAGAUUGAAGAAAAUAUGUAUUGGGAGGUAACUGUACCCUUUCUGUUUCUCUCAGAUGUGAAUGGAGGGCUAUAGACUAACUAAUUCAAGCAAGUGAAAUAGCCUAUGCCAUUGUAUUACAUAAAUUCUGUUUCCCAGAAAUCAGUUCUGCCUUUCCCAAAACCAAUUGCAUUAUCAGAAACACUGAACUGUAUUUCUAUAGACUUUUUUCUUUUUAGGCACUUUUUGUUUGGUUUGUUUCUUUGCCUGUGAAUUUCUGAUUGCUGUGUGUGUUAGUAUAAAUGAGAGACUGAAUGAUCUAACAAAUCCUUAAUUUAAAUUUUUUUUACCAUAAAAUGUAUACCUUUUUCUUUUUAAAUUACUUUUAGCUUUUCAAAUGGUUUUGUUGUUUAGCUGGGAAUGGUUGUGUUAAAGCUGCAUUGGGAAGGAUGUUGAACUGAGUGAUUCCUAAAUCUCCUAAGUCCACUGAUGAUGCUCUUGUUGACAUGGUUCUUUCCUAAGAAAAAUUAAAAAUACAAAACUGG